AUGAAAGCGUUGGCCACGAACACUUUGUUCUGGAUUCUGUGGUUUAGCAACCACAUUUGCUUAAAGUCCGAAGAGCGUGGCUUUCGAGUAAAGUUAAAUGAGUUUUCAAUUAAGUACAAAUCACGCGAUUUCAUCGAACAUGUUGACUUUCGUCUCGUUCAUAUUAACAAUCGGAGCUACGUUAACGGUGAGAUGAUGUUAAAGACUGAUGUCGACGAUAUUCUUUUGCAUACAACUAUGGACUUUUCCAAGACGAACAAUAACAAGAAAAUUAAACUGUACGAUGGUCGCUUCGAUGCCUGUCAGUUCUUGAAAACUGCUCAUCGAAAUGGUUUGUUUAACAUUUACGUGAAAAGCUUCAGAAAACACAUAAAUUCGAAUUUUACAUGUCCCCUAAAAAUGAAUUAUACAUAUAGACUGACAAAUUGGAAUUUGGACGAGAAGGAUCUUCCGCCUUUUGUCCCAUUCGGUACUUUCCGCACUGUUACUGAGUAUUUUACCCAAGAACGAUUGGCAUUGCGAAUAGUCACGCAAGGAAAAGUUAUUGUAAAUAAAUAA